AUGCCGGCCUCCGAGAGCCAGGCCAAAGUAUUCUCCACUUGCCUGACCCACUUCGAUUUCUUCACUGUCUUCCUCUCUAUGGCCAUCAUCUCCUAUCUCAAGCCCGGGUCAGACUCCCCCUCGACCCUCGACCUGCUGGUGUCCAUGUUCAACACCGUCGCACCUGUCUGUGCUCGAUCUCUGCUUAAUUCUGUCAUCCUCCCCAAGUUCAUCUACAACUCCCUGAGCAAUAGUAACCCCAUCUCCUUCCUCGGUUGCAUCGCUCAGCUUUUUCUGUGGAUCUUACCUAUCUCCUGCUCCGAGGACCAUGUUGCCAUGGACAUGAGCAUUACCACAGGGGUAGCAUCCAUUUCCUUCCUGGGCUGGGCUGCCCAGAUCUUCUCGGUGGUUCAGUUUGGCGGUUCAGAGAUAUUCAUCAUCACAGCAAUGCCUUACGACCGCUAUGUCGCGAUCCGCUGUCUCCUUGGCUAUGAGCUCGUCAUGAACCAAGGGGCCUGUGGGAAUAUGGCGGCCGCUUCCCGGCUCACCGGGACCUUAGCUGUUGUCUGCUUCAUGUCCAUCGUUGUCUCGUACGCAUGCAUAUUCCGGGUCGUGCUGAGGAUGCCGCCAAUGGAGGGCCGGGCCAAAGCCUUCACCACCUGUGUGUCUCAGCUCGUCGUCAUCACUGUUUCCUCUCUGUGGGUAUAUUUGUCUACAGCAAGAACCACGUCGCCAUCGUUGAUCACCUGCUCCCAGAACCACGUCGCCAUCGUCGUGAGUGUUACUAUUGGUUCCUGUUUGGGUUUUGUGUGCUUGGUCUCCAUCAAGGCAUCAUAUGCCUCCAUCCUCUCCACUGUGCAGAGGAUCCCUUCAGCCGAUAGUUGGUCGAAAGCCUUCUCCACAUGCCUGCCUCCAUUUUUGGUGGUCACCGUGUUUCUCACGACAUCUGCAUUCGAUCACGUCAAGCCACCAUCAGAAACCUUCCCGACCCUGGACUUCCUGGUGUCCGUGUUCUACAUCGACCUCAGGAACCACGUGACCAGAGGGUUCUCGCGGAACCUGGCCCACGAGGUCCAUCCAAAGGGUCCCAGGUCAGUCCUCCAGGGAUCUCCCUCGGAUCAGUGA